CAAACACGAGUGAAGAAGAAUGAACGGAGGGACAAAAUGGCGCGGGGACGAAGCUAGCUGCUCGGCUCAUGUAAACAUCCACCGACAGUAGACGGGAGCCGGAGCUGGAGCGACGAUAACGUGACUCGAUAGUCUUUCUUCACCCUGCGAAUGUACGAGUGGACGCUGACACAGACCCCACCACCCGUAGCGCCUUCAUUGACGUCGACUCAGCCCAGCCUAGCUCUGUGAUUGGCUAUGCAGUCCUCCUGACUUCAGGGAAGGAUGAUGAGCCAGCGGCGUGGGAUCCAUCUGGACCAAUCGGAGCUGCUUUGCACAAAAGGAUGUGGAUUUUAUGGUAACAACGCCUGGCAAGGCCUGUGCUCCAAGUGCUGGCGAGAGGAAUAUCAGCGAGAAAAGCAAAAACAGAUUCAAGAAGACUGGGCACUUGCUGAAAGGCUCCAGAGAGAGGAAGAGGAAGCAUAUGCAAGCAGACAGCAGAGGACCCAGUCGCAGCCCGCCAUCGCACCCUUCAGCAAGUUUGAAGAAAGAAAGACCAAGGAAAAGUCCAGCAAAGUUAACACCGUCACAAAGUUUUUUAUUCCUUCCUCGAAAACACCACCAAAAAAAGAUGCUGCUCCUUUGGACACACAGUCCAGCCCGAGCCCGAGCUCCUCUGCAAGCCGACACUCCUCUGUGGACAGUGACCACGCCACGCGAGAGUUCAUCGAUUUCCUCAAGCCUUUGAAGUCUGGCAGGGAGAUCUUUAAACAGUGUCGGGCCUUCACCGAGGGCAUGGUCUAUAAGAGGGACAUGGGCGCUGAUGAAUUGUCAGAGUGUGUGCAAGAUUUCUACCAGAACCUCUCAGAUCGCCUCCAGACCCAGUUCAAAGGUUCUUCAGAUCAUGUAGAGAGCAUUAUGGAUGAAGUAGAGAAGUACAUGAUGACUCGUCUCUACAAGGAAGUGUUCUGUCCUGAGACCACAGAUGAUGAGAAGAAAGACCUGGCCACUCAGAAGAGAAUCAGAGCCUUGCACUGGGUCACCAUUGAGAUGCUGUGUGUUCCUGUAGACGAGGAGAUCCCCGAAGUUUCUGACAGUGUGGUCAAAGCCAUUACAGAUGUGAUUGAAAUGGAUUCGAAGUGCGUGCCCAAGGAAAAACUGGGGUGCAUCACUCGUUGCAGCAAGCACAUCUUCAACGCCAUCAAAAUCAGCAAGAAAGAGGCCGCAUCUGCGGACGACUUCCUCCCCACGCUCAUCUAUAUCGUUUUGAAAGCAAACCCUCCACGACUGCAAUCCAACAUCCAGUACAUCACCCGCUUCUGCAACCCCAGCAGAAUCAUGACUGGAGAGGAUGGUUAUUACUUCACUAAUUUGUGCUGCGCAGUGGCCUUCAUCGAGAAGCUGGACGGUCAGUCACUGAACCUGAGUUCCGAGGAUUUUGAGCUCUAUAUGUCGGGACAGGCAUCGCCCCCCUUGCCACAGGCCACUGGAGCUUCCUCCGGCUCCCCAGGCAGCUCCGCUCUCAGUCAAGUCCACAAACGGCUGGACCUGCUGACGGGGCUCGGGGAACGGCAGGAGCGCGUCAUGGAGAAGGCUCGCCAAAUGGAGAGCGACCUCAUCGACUGGACAGAUGAAGUGGAACAGAAGGUGCAUAGCGCUCUGGAAAGCUUCCCGCCAGAGACACAGAUCACUACUGCAACCACAGCGAGUGGGACCGCGACCGCGACAGCAGCAUCAUCGGCAAUCGACUCUGAUAAUGUUGAGAACGAGCUCCUGCCCCCACCACUGCAGCCGCAAGUGUUUGCGGGCUGAUGUGAAGAGCUCUGGUCUAUCUAGAGGCUUUGCUGCACCUUCCCCUUAUUUUCGCUGUUAAACUUUGCUGUUCGUAUGCCCAUACAGUAGCUAUAUAUCCCAUUUCCACUGCAGCCAGCUCUAUUCCAUCCAUCCAUCGUCCUUGAGGCCCUGGAAAUACCCUGAGAAGUAAUGGAGCAAUUUACUUAACAAAGUAGUUUGGUAUUUAGGGAUGUGCACAUAGCUUUCUUGCAGAGACUUAGAGGACAUGAUCAAUUUCACUCAUGUCAGUAAAUAGUCACAAAGUCUACCUACCAACACCUGUAAAGGUCAAAAGUUUAGUUUGUACGACAGCUGUAAAAACAAGAGGUGACUUCUCUUUGUGUGUGAAGUUUCUCACCUGUAGAGAAACUUCUGACUCUUUGUGUUAAGCUAAGCUAAGCUAGCCGUCCCCUCGCUCCAGCUUCAUAUUUAACAGACUAAUAUGAGAGCGGCAUCAAUUUUCUCCCUUGAUACCCGGCACGCAAUUCCCACAUUUUUAAAACCGUUCCAUAAAGGGGCAGUAAGCAAUUCUAAAGCAAUACAUAUCGGUUCUGUGUGCAGCGGGGAAAAAAAAGGGUUUUCGGCUUAGCUGAGGAAAGGUUUUCAUAUAAAACUCUUAGCAGCACUCGAGGCAGUGUUCUGAGGAUCAGGUUAGUCUGUAUGAGUCCCAUCUACAAGAAGUAUUCCGUUGAGUUUAGGAGAGUGGUGGUGGUGCAUGGGUAGAGCAUGUAGGAGGCGAGAUAGAAACUUCAACAACAUGCUCAGUCCUUCGGACAUUACACAUGCGCUGUACAACAGAAUUGACCUGGAAAAGAACAUUUAAUGUCCAGUAAGACUGAUAUGGACUCAGAAUAUUGUCUCAAAGUUCAGGGUUGUGGUGCAUGUGUGAAAGCAGCUAUAAUGAUAUGAUCAAUUUAACCCUGUGUGUAAAAAUGUCGUGCUGAGUUUAGAUUUAUUCCAGCUAAGUCAAAAGUGAAGGUUGCAUUUCCUUGUUUCUCGCGAUAGGGGCGGAGUACGAAUUCAACAGUUCUUGCACGUUACCACCUUUACAUCACAUCGUCACACGUGGCAGGCCAAGUUCACUCCAUGCAUUUUUGUCCUUGAUCCGUGGCCUCUGUUACAGUUUCAGUGCAGUUUCAGCCAUGUCCUCUGAAGCCUGCUCCGAGUGUCCUCCAAGUGAGGUGUGGGCAGGGAAACCUUCCACAGGAGACGUCCUGACGAGACGCCCAGACAGGCAACUUCAACCGUCUGCUUUAAAUGCAAAGUAUCCUGAGACUGAAUCCACUCCAGUUUACUGUCAACCACAGUGACAUCUCCAGUACCUCAGUACUUCAUCCUUGUUACAUUUGUGCAGGUGGGGAUAAAUGGCUGGUUGUGACAUUUCAACAUGUUUCUGUAAUUAAUCCCAACUUUCCCGAAGGCGUUUUUUUGUCAUCUUGUGAUGUGUAAAAUUGACACAGAGAUCCGCCACUGCUGAAAUCUACUGAUGCAGCAGUGCAUUACGGUCAAACAUGUUUUGGGGGAAAAUGGGAAAUGGAGAAAUCUGAAUGUUUCAAAACUAAACUUCCUCUCACCAAAAUAACCCUCCAGCUCAUGCUCGUGAUUUAUGAUGUAUUAACUGUGUAUUCCCCUUGACGGACGGGAAAUUUGCGUGUGAGUGAGUGAGUUGCAUGUUCUGUUAAUAUCGACAAAUCUUAAGUCCUCCUGUUGUGUGUGUGUAUGUAUGUGUGGCGAUAUUGGUAGUCUCGUUUUCAUGCCAGACCUCUCACUCCAGACAUAAGCUGGAUGUACAGUGAUUUUAUUUUUCUAUAGCGUGACAGGUCACAAUUCUUCUGAAUGCAAUAGGAGACAUCAAUCCUGUAAUAUUUACAGUAGUACUUUUUGUUUGAAUCCUAAUGGUUGAAUAGAAGAAGAUAAAAAUGUCAUCUGGUUAUUUAUCUUAUCAAGUGCGUGUCCUAAAUACUGUCCCGUCAAAAAAUAGCAAAUGCUCAGCGUUUAGGUUGAAUAUAUGAUGAUUUUUUUUUUUGCUCUGUCAGAGCUGUUGGAUGAACUGGGUUAGAAGGCAAAGAUGAUGCUGUUUCUCCCAUAAUCACAAAACUGUUGAUUUAGUGCAGAAAAAGUCAACAUCAUAUCGACUUGUUCAGUUAAUUUUAAAGCACUUUCUGUCUGUUUUGAUUUUUAAAGCUCUUAAUGAAAUUCAUUGAAUAGAGGAAGUCAUUGUUUGAAUGUUGAAAACAGUGUAAUGGUCUGUUUCCAAACACUGUUUUUCAACCAUGUGUCUGUCCUGCGAUGUUUGGGAGAGAUUCACGUUUUGAAAAAUGAAGGUACAUGUUUGUUUCUUUUUAAUCUUUUCUCAUUAGCUAACGAUUCCUUUUAUUACUAAAUCUGGAUCUUCUUAGUUCAUAUUUGCAACAGUAUAGUCAGUGUGCAGUUACUUUCCAAUUUUAGCUUGAGGGGAAAAAAAGCAUUUAAUGCAAAUAACAACUUGAAUAACUUCAUAUUGCACUGUAUCCAGAAGCCAUUGGUGAGGUAUUGGAAGAGAAACAUCAUCUUUGUAACCGCAUAGGUUUAUUAUUGUAUCACUGGGGAGAAAGUGACUUGAUUCUGUCUUUUAUUUAAAUGUAACUUAUUGGGGCAGUAUUAGUAUUAUUUGCAUCUAUGGGUGUGUGAUGAUGAUUAAUAAAAAUUGAAAAUGCA